AUGAAUGUAUCAAAUGAAGGACAAAUAAUUACAAAAGAUUAUAUUGAAUUAACACAAAAAGAAACAGAAGAAAAAAGUGUUUCGAUUGUAUUUGGAAGAUUGAUGUGUAAUUUAGGUUAUUAUGAUAAAUCAUUGAAAUAUUUUCAACAAUUAUUAAAUGAUCCUAAUGAUGAAGAUCUUGCUUGGAUUGAGUAUAGUAUUGGUAGAGCUCUUCAUUUUAAAGGUGAAUUGAAAGAAGCGAGAGAAUAUUAUAAUCGUGCAUAUGAUCGAAUGAUGAUGAAUAAUCCAGCACGCAUCAAAGACUCAGCUCCUGUACUCAAUAAUAUUGGGCUUGUUCUUCAUAAGCAAAGGCAGUAUAAUGAAGCUCUCAACUAUCAUCAACGAGAACUGAAAAUGAAAGAGAAAUAUUAUCCAUGUGGCCAUGUUGGUAUUGCUACAAGUUUGAAUAACAUUGGUCUUAUUCUCUACGAUCAAGGAAAGUAUGACGAAGCACUCGGCUAUCGUCAAUAA